AUGAUCAAUGUAAUAGAGUUUCAAAAACAUGGAUUUCCCUAUGCUCACAUAGUAAUACGCGUACAAUCAGAACUACCUGUUAAACAAAUUGAUAAAAUCGUGAAUGCAGAAUUACCUCAUGAACAAUCACAUUUAAAAAAUAUGGUAGAAAAGUAUAUAGUACACAAACAACAACAUUCAUCACGCUCUGAUCAUAUAAAUUAUACUAUAAACAAUACAUCUGAAAAUUCUAGUCGGCAACCUAUUAACGAAUUCAAAGAUUAUAUUAAUGGAAGAUACUUAUCAGCAGCUGAAGCAGCAUGGAGAAUAUUUCGUUAUCCUAUAACUACAUCAGAUCUAUCAAAAAAAGAUAAUCCUGUUCAAACAUAUGAAUUUCCUAUAUUUUUAGAUAGAAAAGCUGGUUACAGCAAAAUAUUUCUAAUUAAUGCUAUUUGUUAUACAAUACAAGCUGCAGGAGAAAUUGUUCUAACAUGUAGAACAACGGCUUUAUUAGCCCUUCUUUAUGAAGGAGGACAUACUGCCUACUCAUUAUUUCGUAUUCCUGUAGAAGAAAAUAAUAUAAAUAUUCAAUCAACAAUUAAAUACAUGACUGUAUUGGAUAGUGUAGAUAUUCUUCUCCAACAAAUUUGCAAAAGCAACAAACUAUUUGGAGAAAAACCUCUAAUAGGUGUUGGUAACUUUCGACAAAAAUAUUUUCAUAGAUAUGUACUCAACCAACCAAUACGCAAUGCAAAUAACCCAAUCUUUGUGAAAUUCAUUGAUAAUAUCAGCGAAAACUAUAAAAAUUAUGAAAUUUCUUUAAAUAUAUUUAAAACUACUCGAAAUAUUGAAGAAGCUACUUUAUUUCUAUACCCUGAAAACAUACUUUCAGAUAAUAACAUUCUACAGAAAAGAGCAUUCCUUAGCUCAUGCAACUCAUUAGUUGAUGACUUUAACUACAAAAUACUCAAUAAACUACCUAGAACAAUUCAUACAUAUUUCAGUUAUGAUAUCAUUAAAGAAAAUGAUGAAAUUAUAACUGAUCAUUCUACAACAACACCUGACUACUUAGCCCAACUAACAUACCUAAUCAUAAAAUUCACCUAA